AUGUCCGCAAAAACAGAUCCCACACGUCGUCCCAGAAGACUGUCAUUUACACGACAAUCACGGAAGCAAGACUUGAAUUUUGAGUCUCUCUCAUCUGGCCCGAAUGCUAUUACCGCUAAGGAUACUAACAGCCAAUCACACACACAACCCUAUGGCUCUCGCGAGGAACAUGAUAAGAAACUGCCCUAUCAGCAGUCAGCACCUGGCUCCAAUUCCCGAGAGCAGUCUGAGAUCUGUCUGUCGCCGACCUGGAACAGGGAAAAGAAACAGAAAAGAUGGACAAGGGAAGUGUACUAUAUGGGACAGAAUCAAAGCAAGAUUGACGAGACCUCGAGAGAGCAAGAGCUGGCAGAAUCCGGUGGAACUUCUUCUACAGUUAGCCAGGGUCCUCGCCGUUUGACGAAGAAGCAGCCGCUGGCGAGUUCUCGCCGGGCUUCGAUUUCAGGUUCAGAUGUGUCAAGAUUAUCGAAUAUACCUGCGUUUCUGAACUUUUCGGGGCGUAUGCGCCAUUCACGAGCGAGUUCGACUCACGACACAACUGAGAAAAGACCAAGAACAUCAUCAGAAGUAGCAUCGCCUGCCCAACUUGGGGAUAAGCUAAACUCUCUACGAAUACCCCGAUUAUCCAGUGCGUUGCCGGAACGCUUUGGAGCGUCAAUAUCGAGGGACUUGGCGUCUUGUCAGGGCCCGGACCUCUCAACCAACGCAUCAUUAACCCAAGAUUCGCAUAAAAGCCGAGAAUCUUCAAAUUCCGCAAGCAUGACAGCAUUCACAGGAGAACUAAAGAGACCUACUCUUCGGAGAGCUGGACUACCAUUCUAUCAAGAGCCAACCAAUACGUUAAGCCGCAGUCGGCCGACCGCUACAUCUAGGGCAGUGACGGGCGAAUCUAGGAAAGGUACCCAGAACCUCCCAGACAUUGAAUCUUCAAAGCUCUCUGUGCAACGGAAUUCGACCAAGUUGGAACUCGAGGGUCCAAAGAUCAGAGCAGACACGCUGGAAAGUAAUCGUUUCUUGAAGCCAUUGAUUAGUACUCGCUCUGAUCCUCCGAGACCAUCACAGAGAAGAACAUAUCAAGCUGGAACUAUUCAUGAUUCAAGAGAAGUCUCCAAAGGUCCUUUCAUGGGGCAUGAUGCAAACAUUAUCCAGCAACGCAUGCCUGUUAUGACGUCAGAAACAAGGACUGUUGAUCUAGCUCUUGAUCAGUUAAGAAAACAACAUGAAAAUCGGUCUUCAGUCUCAUCGGUCAAGUCAUGUCAUACGGCUCAUUCAGAACAUUAUAGCACAGCAGCAGAAAAUUGGUCUUCCUGUGAUUCCUUAGCGCCCAAAACAUCACAGUUUCCAAUCACAGAACCCCUAGGAUCAACCUCCAGUGUAUCUGAUUAUGUGCAUCUUCCCUCUGGUGACAAAGAACUCCAGGCAAAAAAUGAAAGGGCGCCCUUUGGGCCCCAAGAUGAGGCACCUGCCUUAAACGGCAUUCACAGCGCAGCUGCCAAUGACAUCAACACCAAGAAAGAAGGCUCUCAGCAAUCAAAGCCUCUUGCCAAGAUAUUUGUCAUCUGCUGUAGCUGCAAGUUCUGGCAUGACAUCCCUUCAGAGCUAUAUCCGAGACUGGCUGUCCCAGAGAAGUUCUCACCUAAUCGACUGGAACGAUCUAUUCCAGUACCUGGUCAAGAUAUGACUGGCAGCAAGCGCCAGAAUAGCGGACACAGACCGCAUUCAAGAAGCAGAACAAUAGCACGUUCACCAAAUAUUUCACAUGAAACAAAUUUUAUGACUGACCCCACCACUACAUCUACCCCUUCUGCUGCAGUGAAGUGCUGUUGGUGCAACCACAACAUGACCAGGUCCUGCUGUACAGGCUGGACCACCAUUGUCUACCUAGUCGAGAGGCAUCAUUGA